GUUCCAUUCUCCGCCGAGCUUGCCGCCUCCUUGCAGCAGCUGAAGCUUGAUGUCAAGACUAUUAUGGACACCCUCAACAAAGAGACGACCGUGGAGAACUGCGACCUGAACACGAAGAAAGAUGCCAUGGCCAAGUGCAACAAGUCCAUGAAACCGAUUGUGGACGCGAUUAAAGAAGGCAACCGCAGG